AUGGUUAAGGACGAAACUGUAAAUAAAUAUUUACUGUGGGUCUGUCUCCCUCUGUUUGAUGUCUGUUCAGAGUGGAAGCCGGCUGUGGAUCUGGCAGCUAUAGACUGCGCUGAUCAGGAGAACAGGGAGCUCUGCAAAACCUACAAAGUCCGAGGCUACCCCACAAUAAAGUUCUUCCAUGCCUACUCCAAGCCUGAUUAUGAAGGACUGUCUUUCAGAGACUUUAGCCGUAAUAUUCAAGACCUCCGUCACAAGAUCUUAGACAAACUGGAAACCCACGGUGAAGCCUGGCCCCCUGCCUGCCCCCCACUGGAGCCCACCAGCUUCUCCCCUUUCCUCCAUAGUGACAUUGAGGCUCGUGCCUUCUACUCUUAUGCCCUCCAGAGGCUACCGGGGGUAGUGCGGUCAGGGAAGCCUCCACCAGUCUCCACCGAACUCCUUAAAAACAACACAGAGGAUCCCUGGAGACCGUUCGACAAGUUCAGGGUGUAUAUGGCAGACCUGGAGUCAGCGCUGCACUACUCCCUGCGCGUUGAGCUGGGCGCUCAGUCUGUUUUCCAAGGGCGGGCACUGACUUCUCUCAAGGCUUACAUCUCUGUCUUGGCCAAGUACUUCCCAGGCCGUCCUAUAGUGACGAACCUGCUGAAGGAUUUAAACUCCUGGCUACAGAAGCAGACUGCAGAUCGCAUUUCAUACGAAGCAUUUAAAGAAAAACUGGAAAAUGAUGCACAGGCUCCAAACUCGACGCUGCCAGACGGCGUGAGGUGGGUGGGCUGUCAGGGUUCACAGCCCCACUUCAGACGUUAUCCCUGCGGGGUGUGGACUCUCUUCCAUGUUCUUACCGUUCAAGCUAACGGCAAAGGCUCAGAUCCUCAGGAGGUGCUGGAUGCGAUGAGAAGCUACGUCCACAACUUCUUUGGCUGCAGGGAGUGUGCGGCACACUUUGAGAACAUGGCAGCAGAGACUCUGGAGCAGGUGACAUCACUGCCCACGGCAGUCUUGUGGUUGUGGUCCAGACACAACGUGGUCAACAACAGACUGGCAGGUGCUUUGAGUGAAGAUCCUCAAUUUCCAAAGAUGCAGUGGCCUCCACCCGACGUGUGUUCAGCCUGCCAUGCAGUAAAGGACAACGGGGAGCACACGUGGAACCUGACGGAGGUUCUCAAGUUCCUGUUGACCUACUUCUCCUCCGACAGAAUCCUCACAGACUACCUGGAGAGUGAAAGCCAGAUUUUGGAAAAACGGAGGGAGAAACAUGGCAGCCAGCAGGUCAUUCACAUAGCUGAGAGACACGCAGAGAGAAGAGCCAGGGAGGCCUUGGACUUCAGAAAACAUCCUCUGGAAACAGAACCCACUGAGCAGGAGGAAGAGGAAGAAAAAGGCGGGGAGGUGGAGGAAGAGGAAGAAGGCCCACAGGAUGAAACGGCAGCAGAGGAAGAAGAGGAAGAUGAAGAGGAUGGGCUAGCAGGUGACAUGGUAGGAAGAUCGUCUGAGCCAACGCCUUGGGCCAAGCCUGAAAUGGAGCUGGGUCAUGGCCGGCAGCAGGCUCGGAGGAGGCCGAGCUUCGUGAGAAUGAGGAGAGACCCGCAGGAGGACAUUGUGGAUCUCGACUCGUUCGUCAACCAGCACUACAAGGCCAAGGCGCUGCAGAUGGCUACCUCCACCCGGGUCAAACGACGCAGCCUGCAGAGAAAGGAAGAGCAGGAGCCCGGGCCUGUGUUUGGGCUCGGCAUGGAGCUGGGCGCAGGGUUGGGGAUGGUGGGUCUGGAACCAAUGGAUGCAGGCUUCGAUCUGGAUUUUGCGCGGCCAAGGAAGCGGCUGCAGAAGCGAGACGUGGCGGGCCUGUACUUUGGUCAGGAGGCUGAGCUGAGGCAUAAGGGACGCUUGAUGUCCGUGUUGAGCAUUGGCUUCUCGAAGGUGGACAUCAGCUUGUGUGUCUUCCUUUAUUUCCUGUCCUCCCUGUGUCUCCUGCUCAUGUACCUUUUCUUCAAAAACCGCCUCAGACGACGGCGGCCGAAAAUCUCCGUCCCCUGAGCUAAAAUAUGUGCUAAUUUCACCUGAGGCAUAACAAAGAUUAAUGUCUCCUAAGUUUGAGCGCACUGCACACAAAUAAAAAAUGCUGCCCUCCAUAACUGUCCAGUCAAAUGUUACCUGCAGUGACACAUUUUACUGUGAAUUUCACUGUUUUCUGUCCAACUAGAGACGAGGAGAAGGGAAAAUUAGCAAGUUUGUUUAAGAAAAUCAGGACAGUCAUGAUUUUAUUUUCCGUGCAGCCUGAAGGGAAUUUCAUUCUUUCCACACUGACUGUGGAAAAAAUGUGUUUAGAUGUAUAUUUACUUUAAAUAAAGGAAAAUCAGUUUUUGUCACCACUUUAAACCCCAGUAUGAGCUGAAAUGUUUUCUGUAAUCUGUGUGAUAUAGAUACAGCGCUUAAAAUGUAUUAGAUCACCUGUCAUCAAAAAGAAGAAAACACAAAUAUUUUAGAAAUGUAUCAAAAAGCUUGUUUAUAGCUAACAGCUGUUAUUUAUUAGGCAAAAUAAACUAAAUUCAUAUUUUUAAUCCGGCACAGUGGACUUCAGAGAGGAGUCAGAAAUGAAUCGCCCAUAUGGAAAAGAUAUAAAUCUUAUAAGGUUUGUAUCUGUCUUGUAUGAAAAGCAUACAAG